AUGCAGGCUGAGAAGAAAUGGCACAUAUUGUUGAGUAUAAUUAUUUUGCUCAUAACCUCCAGCCAAUGUAUGGACAGCAAGGAGGUGAAGCAGAAAGAAAGACGAACACUGCUGGAUUUAAUCUUACAAGUGAUUGGAGACAACAACCAGAGAGACAAGCCUGUCUCUAGACGAAUCAACAGUGGCCUCUACUCUGUAUCUCAAGACGUGAAGUUUUCCUCUCGUGAAAAGUCUGUACAUGUUACCAGACUUGACAACACUCGACCAAUAGAGAUUGUCCCAAGAGAAACAAGCCAGAAAGACAGAUUCAUGCAACAUUUUGCAGCAGGACCUGUCAAGUUCUCACCUGAAUGCAGAACACAUUUUCAUAGACUUUAUUACAACACAAGGGAUUGUUCAACACCAACGUACUACAAACGAUGCGCAAGAUUGCUAACACGACUAGCAAUGAGUCCCCUCUGCACACAAUCAUAG